AUUUGUGCUUGAGCAGGUGAUUGAAUUGGAAGGGAGAUAGACGUACUUCCUACUAGUACCAUAUGUCAUAAAUCCCAUAAAUCUCCCCACCCCAAAAAAAAAAAAAAAUAAAAAAAUAAAAAAAGGGGGAAAAUCCACAAAACGUUUCUCAUUGCUUGAAACAGUUCCUGUUCACAACUGCAUAUCAUACAAAUAUAAAGAUUUCCUAUUAUUUAUGUGGUGUAGAUAGUGGGAAAAAGCCAAUGGUAGCUCAUUUGUGCUUAUACCUACAAAAAAUUCUCCCCAUUUCAUCCCCUUCUUCCUUUGCUUCAAACCAUUACCAUUCUUACCCCUUUUUUUCCCCCAUCUCUCUCUCUUUCUCUGCACAGCUAUAGCCACAGGCAACAAAAUUCCUGUACGAUUCGCCGCGUUGUUGUAAUAAAGUUUUGACAGGUUCUUGACAAACCUCUAACCAUGAGAAUCACCCCCAUGUCCUCUUGCAAACCAUGAGAAUCACCUACAAACCUCUAACCAUGAAAAUCACCCCCAUGUCCUCCUGCAAACCAGUACGGCCUCUUGUGAGUUUCGAACCCGGAGGACUCCAUCGUGGUAUCAACAUGGAACACUUCUUCCGUCGGAAAGACAAGGUGGUGUUCGUAAUUGGAGCCACCGGUACCGGAAAAUCCCGCCUCGCCAUCGACCUGGCCUCUCGUUUCCCCGCCGAGGUGGUAAAUUCAGACAAAAUGCAAGUCUACAGAGGUCUAGAAAUAGCCACCAAUAAGGUCACAGAAGAAGAGUGCCGCGGCAUACCCCACCACUUGUUGGGAAUAGUCGACCCCAAUUCCAACUUCACUUCCGAAGAUUUCUGCCACCAAGCUUCCGUCGCUAUUGAUUCGAUUGUUCGACGAGAUCGGCUUCCGAUCAUUGCCGGAGGAUCCAAUUCAUUUAUUUAUGCGUUGAACGAUUACGCUGAAUUUCGAAUGAAAUACGAACCCAGAUUCCUUUGGGUGGAUGUUUCCCUUGAAAUUCUGCAUUCGUUUGUAUCGGAGAGGGUUGAUAAGAUGGUGGAAGCAGGACUACUUGAUGAAGUUAAGAGAAUGUUCGAUCCGGAAGCGGAUUAUUCCGUAGGAAUUCGCCGAGCAAUCGGAGUUCCGGAAAUGGAUGAGUUUUUAAGAGCAGAAGCUAUGGGAGCUAGCGAGAGGACAAAGGCGAAGCUUCUCCGAUCAGCCAUUGCUAAAAUCAAAGAGAACACUUGCUUGUUAGCUCGCCGGCAACUGCAGAAGAUUCACCGCCUUAAUAGCCGGUGGGACUGGAACAUGCACCGUCUUGACGCCUCCGAAGCGUUUCUCAAACGAGGUAAUGAUCGUCAAGCCGAUGAAGCUUGGGACAACCUUGUCGCCGGUCCGGCAACGAUGAUCGUGGACAGUUUUCUUUACAACGAUGGAUUGGCUACAAUUAACGUACCGUCGGAAACCACCACCACCACCGCAACUGUACUCGCCGCCGCAGCGGCAUCAGCACAAGUCCCGAUGGCCGCAGCAGUGGCAGCAGCAUCCCGUUAAUUUUUGGGACCCACACAGAAUCUACUCACCCUGGAGCCCACAAAAAACAUUUGACAUUUACAUGAUCAUGCCACGUGGGAAUCUGCCAUCUCUCCUUUUUUGUGGUAAAUUUAAGGUAGGAAAAACCAAAAAAAAAAAAAAAAAAGAAUGAAGAAAA